AUGGAUGACGAAGAUGCUCGUGCCAUCGAGCUUUCGUCCAUAACUGCCAUCUAUCACGAGGAGCUCAAGCUUGAUGAGAAGGACCCUUAUUCUUUCACGAUAGAACUUUCCCUGAGUCUCAGCCGACCUUUGACUGUUAAAUUUCCAGCACCUGCAGAGGCUGUCCCUCUCAUUCCUGGCCCGGAAGAUGCGGUCGCUCGGGCAGUGCCUCAGGUUGACUCUCAGCAGCUGUUGAACCUGCCGUCGUUGCAAAUUUACGUUACCUUACCAGAGGGUUAUCCAGAAAACAAACCUCCUGCGAUCAAGAUUUCAACGUCCCCGCCUUGGCUACCGGCUCACAUCGUCAAAAGGCUCGAGGGUCGAGUUGAGGAAUUAUGGGAGGAUAUGGGCCGUGAUCAGGUCAUCUUUACUUAUGUCGAUGACGUCCAGCAAUCGGUUGACGAUGUCUUCGGUCUGGUGGACCAAGAAAGUACACUCGAGGUUGGACCAGAACACAAGAUCGCCAUUCUGGACUACGAUCUAGAGGCUAAGAAGAGGACUUUUCAACGAAGCACAUUUGACUGUGGUAUAUGCCUGGAUCCGAAAAAGGGCCUGGCUUGCCACAGAAUGCUCGAUUGCGGCCAUGUAUUCUGCGUUCAGUGUCUUCAGGACUUUUACAACAACGCAAUCACCGAAGGAGACAUCGUUUCGGUCCAAUGCCUGGAGCCCGGCUGUGCCAGUGAACGCGAAAAGGCCGCACGGCAGGCCAAUCCAGGCAAGUCCAGAAAGUUCAAGGCUUAUAUCAGUCCAAGUGAACUUCUUCAGAUUCCCAUAGAGCAGGAUAUGGUCAAACGCUACGUUGCGCUCAAGCAUAAAGCUGAGCUCGAGUCUGACAAGAAUACCGUGUACUGUCCUCGACCUUGGUGUCAGGGUGCGGCACGGUCUAAAAAACACAAGAAGCCUGAAGGGUUGGACUUUGCUGAAAGCUCCGACGAUGAUUCCGAGGAUGAAAUCGAGGGAGGCGGUGACAAAGAUCCAGCAAAGAGGGCCAAGUUUUCCGCCAGCAAGGAACUUCUUGCCAUCUGCGAAGAUUGUGGGUUUGCCUUUUGUUCUCGCUGCGGUCAGUCGUGGCAUGGCGAAUUCAAGUACUGUAUACCCAAGGAACGCAAAGAGGAGAUCACCGAGGAGGAAAAGGCAUCACUCGAGUACCUGAGGAUGCAUACUACACCAUGUCCGACCUGCGCUGCACCUUGCCAAAAGACUCAAGGUUGUAAUCACAUGCGAUGCUUUAGGUGCCAGUCUCACUUCUGUUAUCUAUGCAGUGCUUGGCUCAACCCCGAGAAUCCUUACCAGCACUUUAAUACUCAACCCGGUGGUGAAGUCAAUAGCUGCUACAUGAGGCUCUGGGAGCUGGAAGGCGGAGAUGGAAACGAUGUUGGCAUCGCCUAUCAGGGUGGGAACGCCAUCAGAAACCCAAAUAUUCAACCCGGCGAAUACGGUCAGCACUUGGAGAUUGUUGGAGAUGUACAUCGCCAGGAACCAGAAUUGGAAAUCGACAGAGGAAGAAACCCGGUUGCAGAGCAACAUCAGCAGGGCCAAGACCAGCCACAAGGCAUCCAGCCCGGGGGGGGGGUUGCCGUUGCACGAGAAGGCCCCUUGGUAUUACGGAUAGAGGGAGAUGCGCCACCGGCUCGUGGGAGACCAGGACGCCAGCAAGCGCCCCCAGCAGCGCGUGGCGGCAACCAGGCGGUGAAUGGUGCUGGGCAACGCGGACGCGGUAGAGGAGGCAAUAGAGGAGGACGGCCGGGCGCCGGUGGUAAUCGAGCACGUGGACAGAAUCAACGCGGGAAUCGUGCUGGUCGCAAUGAUGAUCACAAUAUUGAGCACGAAGGCGAAGCGAUGGAACUGAACCAGGCAGACGAGGUUUGGGUACGCCACUUCAUCGAGUUGGCCCUCAACGAUCAGGAGCAUUUACUACUCGAGGGCGACAGCGGCGAUGAGGACGAUUAG